GGCUGGCCAGUAUAGCAGCAGCCUGGAGUAGUUGGGCAGGUCUAUGCAUGUACUGCAUGCUGCAGCCGGGUAAGGAAGGAAGAAAAGAGGGCAAGAAGGAAGGAGAGAAGAUGGACUAAGAAGUCAUGUGGGAGGUGUAAAUCCACUGUGGAUGAGCGUGCUGAGGGGAGAAGAAGAAGUGAUAGAGAAGGAGGAAAGAGAAGAGAGGCAGGGAGGCAGGAGAGGAGAUUCGGCUGGCUAUAUGUGUGAGGCUGCAGCUGCUGCUUCUCCCUCUGCUGUUUCUGCACUGUGUGGUGGAUCACGAUAAAGCUUCACCAGGAUAACAGAAGGCUUUCGACAGAGGAUGAAGUCCUGCCUGGGACGACGUAGUAAUGGAUAGUAGGGGGUCAAUGAAGUUGAGGCUCAUCAGGUGUCGUCUUUCAGCUGAUGGCCUGACAGCUACAAACAUAACUGAUAGUUGUGGUUCUUCAGCCAGUAGCUCUCUGAGGUAUGGUGACUAGAGAUCUGCUGGAGGCGUCCUAAGGGCCUGUUUGUCCUCUGUUUGCCCAUAAUGUCCUUAGUCUUACUGAGUAGGAAGGAACAUGUCCUAAAAAUACAGUGACAGCCCCAUCAACAGAUAAACAAACAAAAUCCUAGUAAAAGGAGAGGAGGCCAGUCUCUGUCUUCUGUAUCACUCGCUCUCUCUUCCUGGCCUCGAGUGUGAGGUCAUGUCCCAGUCUGGAAAAGUCCUUCAUCUGUACGUGGAGGUAAGGUCAGCCCCGGAGCAGGAUGGGAAUGGGGGCUUGGGGGGAGGAGUGGAGGGUCCUGGGACUGGGAGUAACUCAGCCUCAGCACAGGAUGGGCCAGCUGGGCUUUUGUCCAAGCUAACCUGCCAGACAAAAUGUCAGACUCCUACCAAAGUACAAACGCACCGCCUAGCCCAUAACUUCACUCACACUCAGUCUCCCUCCAGACACACAGUGAGCUUCCAGCUCCACCAAGGCAAUGGCAACCAGUCACCUAGCAUCUCCAAGCGGCAGAGUUUACCAGCAGCACUGACCCACUCCCCAGCCUUUUCCAGAAAUGGGAGGACCACCACCCCCCACAAACCCUCCUCCAUAGGGCAGGGGGUGGGGGGUGAUGCCAAACGCUCGGUGGUCACCUUCAGCUACAUUGAGAAGGCUAACGUCAAGAGAGUGGAGAGCCCACAGAACUCUGCCUGUCAGAGGAGGUCUAAGGAGGAGAGGUCAUCCCCACCUUCCUACCCCCGGAAGAGACUCAGCGACCCCAUCUGGCUGGGUAGUCCUGGCUCCUCCUGCAGCUCCAGUCCCAAACUAGCGUUUCGUCCCCCAGGGUGUAUCCAGCAACAACAGCAACCGUCAGUCUCCCCCAGCCACUGCCACCCCGUCUUGGAUCCCGUCGGCAGGGCAGCCACCCAGCUUGCCCUGGAAGAGUUUGGGUUUGGUUCCCCCCUGCACAGGAGUAAGAUUCUUCAUGGGCUCGAGCAGAGUCCCAGGGGCUCCCGCCACAACCAGCAGGCCGGUUGCCUGUCAUGGGCAGGCGGCUCUCCUGUCCUACGCCACAGCGCCUGCAAUAAUCACGCCAUGGACACAGAUAGAAACCGGGCCAUUUGCGGGCCAUUACCAAGGAGCCCAGCUUCCGACCAGCUUUCGUCUCAUGCUAGCCAUGCCGCUCUGGGUAUGUCUCCUAACUCGAGACCCAGGUUGUGUAUGGGGCCCAAGGCCCAGAGCCCACACCAAUGGGAAGGUCAAGACAAAGCUAUCACAGGGAGUCCAGCCACCCAGAGACAAGUACACAAGCCCUGUAACAGCAGUUCCUCCCCUCAAGGGACCAUUCUCCAACUUAGCAAUAAACUAGGGGUGGGAACUGUACUGAACCAGCUAAGUGGUAGCAAACCCUCCUCACCAUCCAACAGCCCUGAAGUGGCCCGGAGGCUAGCUGAGGAGGCUACUAAAGUGUCCUCUAUUUUAGCAGAGGUAAGGAGGAACUCAUUGACAUUGCACAGCACUUUAGACGAAGUAGAGAGCCCCAACUGUGGAUGUAUGUCCAGAGAAGCCAACAGUUCUGUCCCAAAAGCACAACUGCAACAUUUGCAGCAUCAGAAAGUUAAGAUGAACAUCCCUUUACACGGCCUACACACACCAGCAUCCAACGACACUGACUCUCAACAGGCUGGAAACUCUUUACCAUCGUCACGCACACAGGACACAAACACUCCAACACUAACCAAUCAUAGGACACAGCACGGAGGAGGGUGGGCUCUGGGUCAGAGCUCCAUCCUAUCAGACACAGUAGUGGGUGGAGGAGUGUCCCCAGCCCUGCCUUCACGCUUCCUCCAUCCAUUUCUUCCCCCAGCCGAGACCAGCUCCCCUCUGAGGGACCCCAGGCUGCUGAGAGCCCAGCUCAGAGUCACCGACAGCCCCACGCUGCACCGCUGUCAGCCCCCUCAAUACACUGGAGAUUUCUGGUCCUUCGAGCCGGACAGGACAGCUGACUUGUCCUGCUUCGACAGGGGGGACAGUGCCGAGCUGGCCCGUAGGCUCUACAUACGCCAGAGUGUGGAAGAAGCCCCUGUCAGCUGGACUUCCAGGCAGCCCUGGAGCCACCUGGUAGGGGAGGAGAGCAGCAGCUCCAGUUCCAGCCCCAGACAUGGACCUGGACCCGGUCAGCAGCCCUUGAGCACGGCCCAGCAGAAGAGGGCUGAGCAGAGGAGGAGGGAGGUUCUGCUGCUGGGCCCUGUGGUGCUGGACUCCCCAGAGGAGGACGAGGGCCUGGAUGGGGAUGGGGAAGGGGAGGAGGUUUCGGGACAAGGGCAGCAGCCAAGCCUGCUGAGGGUGGAGGAGCCUCAAGGGGGGGAGCGAAUUGGGAUAGCGGGGUCCUCGUCGCGCAGCUCCAGCGGGGUGACGGGCAGCCUAGGUGAAAGGGAAUGUGUGUCCCCAGAGUCCAGUCAGUCCAGCCACCAGAGCAACGAGACAGGGGCUGCCACUUCAGGGAUACAGACGGACAGUGGCACUGCAGUCCCAGGCCCCUCCCUCCACUCCCAGAGGAUAGCUCGUGCCAAGUGGGAGUUCCUAUUUGGGACACCCGCUGAGGAGGCUGCCAGCAGGGGGGAGAAAAGUACCAUCGAACCCUCCACAGGUCCUCCCAGUGGCCAGUCCAGUGAAUCCCCCACUUCCCCCACCUCCCUCCCCCUCAUCUCAGCCAAUCACAAGGUGCAGCACGUGGAGGUAGAGCUGGUGACUCCUCCCCCAGCGGCGGUGGGGGAGUCGCCAAAGACGUGCAUCAUCCGGGGGACCCUCAAGUACUCGGAGACGGACCUGGAUGCCGUGCCCCUGCGCUGCUACCGCGAGACCGACAUCGAUGAGGUGCUAUUGGCUGAGCAGGAGGACACCGACUCAGCGUUUGGGAGUAACCGCAGCGUGAAAAGCACAUCGGGUACAGGCAGCAGCCCCCUGGGUGUCUGUCCCUAUGAGAGAACGAGUGGGGAGGAGGAGGAGCUGGAAGGAGAGGAGGAAGAGGAGGAAGAGGAUGACGAUGACGAUGAGGAGGAGGUGGUGAGCUGGGUCUCAGUGAGGAUGCAGGGGGACAUUAAGAGGCAGCAGCAGCAGCAGGUGAUCAGUCAGCUGCUGAAGAGGCCAUUGGACAGUUUCUUCGACAACCUCCCGGCCCUCAAGUCACCCAUCCUGGUUUCAGGUCCUCGUCUGGCAGGCACGACUGAGGACACCUUCAGCCGCCAUUUUGAGAGCAUAAUGGAGUCACAUCGUGCCAAGGGCACAUCCUACUGCAGCCUGGACAGCGAGGAGCUGCUGACCUCCAGCACCCAGACGGUCCUGACCUUUGACCUUCCCACACUGACCCCAGAGAUCCAGGGAGGUCAGAUGAUCUGUCAGAGCGCCCGGCACAUUGUCAAGUUGAGCUUCGCCCCACUGGCCCACUGUGAGAGGGGGACAAGCCUAUCAGAUUCCAUCGUCACGGUGACAGGCGACUCAGACGCCACGCGCGCCCCCUCCAGCGAAAGGCUGAGCAGUGGCUCGGAGGACACACUCCCGCGAGGGGGAGGGGGCGGGGCACGGAUGUUGGGGAGCAGCUGGUACAGCAACCCCACAUUCUCCUUCCCUAGGUCAGUGAUGUCAUACAGCAGCAACCCCUCCCUCUCCUUCCACAGGGAGAAGGCUCGUCUGGCGACAGACUCGGAGCUGGAUCAGGACCUCAGUGAGCGGCUGGGACUGGGGAGCAGCGACACCCUCACCAACGGUAACCGUGCUGACGGAGAGGCCGCCAAGCGCCUGGCCAAGCGCCUCUUCACCCUGGACGGCUUCAGGAAGUCCGACGUGGCCCGUCACCUCAGCAAGAACAAUGACUUCAGUCAUAAGGUUGCAGAGGAGUAUCUACACUUCUUUAACUUCACAGGUCUUAAUGUGGACCAGGCUCUGAGAGCCUUACUCAAGCAGUUCUCCCUGAUGGGAGAGACUCAGGAGAGGGAGCGGGUGCUGUCUCACUUCUCCAGGAGAUACCUGCACUGUAACCCAAUACUCAUACCUACUGAGGAUGGUGUUCAUACCUUGACCUGUGCCCUGAUGCUGCUAAACACAGACCUGCAUGGCCAUAACAUUGGCAAAAGGAUGUCCUGCACACAGUUCAUUGACAACCUGGAGGGUCUGAAUGAGGGUCAAGACUUUCCCAAAGACUUGCUGAAGGCCCUGUACAACUCAAUCAAGAAUGAGAAGCUUCAAUGGACAAUCGAUGAGGAGGAGAUGCGGAAGUCUUUCUCGGAGCUGGGGGACACCAACCAGGCUGACUCCACCUCUAAACACAUGAAGAGCAUGGCCAGUGGUGAGAAACACCUAGUGGCCAUGGCCCAGCCCUCGGGAGCCCUGCUGUACAAGAAUGGCUUCCUGGUGCGCAAGGUGCACGCCGACUCAGAUGGCAAGAGAACACCGCGUGGGAAGAGAGGAUGGAAGACGUUCUAUGGCAUUCUGAAGGGGCUGAUUCUCUACCUGCAGAAGGGAGAGUACCGGCCAGAUAAACAGCUGUCAGAUGAGGAUCUGAAGAACGCCGUGUCCAUCCACCACUCUCUGGCGAUGAGGGCUGCUGACUACAGCAAGAGACCCAAUGUGUUCUACCUACGCACCGCCGACUGGAGAGUCUACCUCUUCCAGGCACCAAACGCAGAGCAAAUGCAGUCGUGGAUCACGCGCAUCAACACGGUAUCAGCCAUGUUCUCAGCACCACCCUUCCCUGCAGCCAUUGGUUCACAGAAGAAAUUUGCCCGACCGCUGCUGCCAGGCUCCACCUCCAAACUGUCACAGGAGGAGCAGGUCCAGUCCCAUGAGGCUCGGUUCCGGGCCAUCUCCACUGAACUGGCUGAGCUGCGCUCGUAUCCUCCAGAUCGAAAGGUCAAAGGCCGUGAGCUGGAGGAGUACCGCCAGCGGGACGAGUACCUGGAGUUUGAGAAAACGCGCUAUGGUACCUACGCCAUGCUACUGCGGGCCAAGAUCCGCUGCGGCGAGGAUGACUUGUCCGUAUUCGAGGCCCAGAUCCUGGAGGACAAUGGCCUGCAGCGCGCCCACUCCAGCCCCACACUGCAGGACAGCAGCCAGGCCAGCCAGGCCUCCCAGGGCAGCAGCACCAAGGAGCCGGUGGGCUGCAGCGGUAUAGGAAAAGGCUCCAAGCGCACAGAGGGCCAGAGAUACAGCUACCGCCAGGCCGUCAAGAAGUGAGUCAGGGCGGGGUGCUGGGUGGUGAUGACGUGGCAGGCUUGUCUCCCUGCGCAGGUUAUUUGAGAUCCGGGUGAGGGGGGGUUAUAGGAGCUUGAAAAGGAGCGGGGUGAGAGUUUACUGUAUACACCACGCCCCCCUCCCAUGGAGCCCCCAUCCAGCACCCCCGAUCUCCUCAGCCAGUAGGGGAGGUGCAGAGGUGCAGGUCCUAUGACUGGCGCGGUCACUGGCCAAUGCCAGCGGUGUGUUGGGACAUGAGGGAGGGAGGAGCAUUGGAGAGGUCAUGGAGCUUGGACAGGAAGUAUUUGAGAGAAGGUUUUCUGGAUACACUAAUAGACUGUACUAUACCAUACGGUAAGACAGAGGGUCCUCCUGUAAGCGGUAGCUCCGCCGUACAGGGACUCCCAUCCAGCAUCCUUUCCUUCUAAUUCUUUGAGGUCACCUCUCUCACAAACACUUCUACCAACCUUUUUUCUUGACGUUGUUUUUUCUGAUUUGGGACCAAACAUGUUUACAUGUUUGACACCUUAAGUCUCCGAUGACUGUUCUGUUGAUUUCAACAUGUGUUACAGUACUGUAAUACUGCAGUAAGAGGAGUUAGACCCUAGACUCAUUGCAGUUCCAUUUUUUUCCACAACAUCAGGGUGUGUCCACAUUCCAUGAGGGAGCCUAAACACUAGAGUACUUGCAGUUCCUGAACUUUUCUUUGGGGCAAAUAUGGCAGCAACAAGGUGGCUCUAGUGGAUCCGUAAUGGCAGUGCACUAUGCAUCAGGAUCAGCAAUGGAGGUUCAGUUGCAACUCUUCCUCCUGGCCCGAAUCAGGGCGAGGGCAGAGGAGAGACUGAGCUCUCAUGACUUCAGACACUCCACUCUCUACACAUUCUCACUCUUCUCCCCUCUCAGAGAGGGGGUAACUGUGGCUCCCAUCUCUAUCCUAUCUCCCAAAUGGGUUGUCAGUGUGGCGGAUGUCAUUUGAGACAUGUCAUUAUAAACUGGGUGGUUCGAGCCCUGAAUGCUGAUUGGCCGACAGCUGUGGUAUAUCAGACCGUAUACCACUGAGUAUGACAAAACAUUGAUUUUUACUGCUCUAAUUACGUUGGAAACCUGUUUAUAAUAGCAAUAAGGCAGCUCGGGGGAUGCGUCGUGCCUAAGAACAGCCCUUAGCCGAGGUAUAUUGGCCAUAUACCACACCCCCUUGUGCCUUAUUGCUUAGUUGUACUGCAUCAUCCUCUCAGCAAGAGAGACCCAUGGUUUCUUUCCUUUCCCUUAAAGGGGCACUCUGCGAUUGAUAUAUACCCAUUGACUCUUGAAUAAUAUAACGUACAGUGGGGAGAACAAGUAUUUGAUACACUGCCGAUUUUGCAGGUUUUCCUACUUACAAAGCAUGUAGAGGUCUCUAAUUUUUAUCAUAGGUACACUUCAACUGUGAGAGACGGAAUCUAAAACAAAAAUCCAGAAAAUCACAUUGUAUGAUUUUUAAGUAAUUAAUUAGCAUUUUAUUGCAUGACAUAAGUAUUUGAUCACGUACCAACCAGUAAGAAUUCCGGCUCUCACAGACCUGUUAGUUUUUCUUUAAGAAGCCUUCCUGUUCUCCACUCAUUACCUGUAUUAACUGCACCUGUUUGAACUCGUUACCUGUAUAAAAGACACCUGUCCACACACUCAAUCAAACAGACUCCAACCUCUCCACAACGGCCAAGAUCUGUGGGCUGUGUAAGGACAUCAGGGAUAAAAUUGUAGACCUUCACAAGGCUGGGAUGGGCUACAGGACAAUAGGCAAGCAGCUUGGUGAGAAGGCAACAACUGUUGGCGCAAUUAUUAGAAAAUGGAAGAAGUUCAAGAUGACAGUCAAUCACCCUCGGUCUGGGGCUCCAUGCAACACCUCAUCUCGUGGGGCAUCAAUGAUCAGGAGGAAUGUGAGGGAUCAGCCCAGAACUACACGGCAGGACCUGGUCAAUGACCUGAAAAGAGCUGGGACCACAGUCUCAAAGAAAACCAUUAGUAACACACUACGCUGUCAUAGAUAAAAAUCCUGCAGCGCACGCCAGCUCCCCCUGCUCAAGCCAGCGCAUGUCCAGGCCCAUCUGAAAUUUGCCAAUGACCAUCUGGAUGAUCCAGAGGAGGAAUGGGAGAAGGUCAUGUGGUCUGAUGAGACAAAAAUAUAUUUUUUGGGUCUAAACUCCACUCGUCGUGUUUGGAGGAAGAAGGAUGAGUACAACCCUAAGAACACCAUCCCAACCGUGAAGCAUGCAGGUGGAAACAUCAUUCUUUGGGGAUUAUUUUCUGCAAAGGGGACAGGACGACUGCACCAUAUUGAGGGGAGGAUGGAUGGGGCCAUGUAUCGUGAGAUCUUGGCCAACAGCCUCUUUCCCUCAGUAAGAGCAUUGAAGAUGGGUCGUGGCUGGGUCUUCCAGCAUGACAACGACCCGAAACACACAGCCAGGGCAACUAAGGAGUGGUUCCGUAAGAAGCAUCUCAAGGUCCUAGAGUGGCCUAGCCAGUCUCCAGACCUGAACCCAAUAGAAAAUCUUUGGAGGGAGCUGAAAGUCCGUAUUGCCCAGCGACAGCCCUGAAACCUGAAGGAUCUGGAGAAGGUCUGUAUGGAGGAGUGGGCCAAAAUCCCUGCUGCAGUGUGUGCAAAACUGGUCAAGAACUACAGGACACGUAUGAUCUCUGUAAUUGCAAACAAAUUUUCUGUACCAAAUAUUAAGUUCUGCUUUUCUUAUGUAUCAAAUACUUAUGUCAUGCAAUAAAUGCUAAUUAAUUACUUAACAUUUUUACAAUGUAAUUUUUUUGUUUGUUUUAGAUUCUGUCUCUCACAGUUGAAGUGUACCUAUGAUAAAAUUACAGACCUCUACAUGCUUUGUAAGUAGGAAAACCUGCAAAAUCGGCAGUGUAUCAAAUACUUGUUCUCCCCACUGUAUAUAUGCCUCAUGAGCUUAGUUCAACUGUUGUACCCCAUCAGAACCCCAAAUAUAAAUUUGUUUUACUCCUUUGUUUGUAAACAGUGUAAUUGUAAACAAAAACAGAAUCUCCACAAAACAUGGUUAAAACUACGUUUCUGAUAUCAUUGAUGGUUAGUCCUUGUAUCCAUAGCGCUGUCCAUGGAUGUGAGAGGGGUUACAUUUCUCCAGUUCCAUCCCUCAGCUGUUUACCAAAUCAGUGGCAGGGUAGAUGCUUUGUAUUGUUGAAUCGCAGAGUGCCCAUUUUUAAUAACAGUUGAUACUACUCCUACCUAGCCAGUUGCUUUAGCUUUGUCUUGUGGUGGGCUUCUGUUCUUCUUUCUUACUUCUCUGGGCUGCACUUUGUUUUUUUCUCAGCAUGUCUGCAUUGAGCUCAGCUUUUUCUUUUAUGCCUUUUUCUUCUUCCUGGAAAAAAAGAGAGCAGCAACUGUUUGGGUUGUGUUGUAUUUUUAUUCACGCUGUUGUAUUGACAUGUCCUCCCUGUUACUCCCUGACAUGUCCUCCAUGUUACUCCCUGACCUGUCCUCCAUGUUACUCCCUGACCUGUCCUCCAUGUUACUCCCUGACCUGUCCUCCAUGUUACUCCCUGACCUGUCCUCCAUGUUACUCCCUGACCUGUCCUCCAUGUUACUCCCUGACAUGUCCUCCAUGUUACUCCCUGACCUGUCCUCCAUGUUACUCCCUGACCUGUCCUCCAUGUUACUCCCUGACCUGUCCUCCAUGUUACUCCCUGACCUGUCCUCCAUGUUACUCCCUGACCUG